AGUAAAAGGCAACCCCUGUCACGUCCCCAAGCUACCACGUCAUCUGGCAGUAUGGACUAGUAUGGAGCAACUGCCGGCAGCAUCAGCUCGGCAGCUUCUCCUAUAGAUAGCUUGGUGCGUGUGCCUUGGCAUUCAUCAGCAACGAAGUAAUCUUGCCACUUUGCUUGCCAGCCUACUAGUACCUAGUAGGAUCCGUUGAUCCAUGGAGGUGGCCGGAGGAGCUGUCGGCGCGCCGUCCCCGCCGCGGCGCGUGGUGGUGGCGGUGGACGAGAGCGAGGAGAGCAUGCACGCGCUCUCCUGGUGCCUCUCCAACGUCGUCUCCGCCGCCAGGGCCGCCGCGGCGCCGCCCCCCGCCGUGGUGCUCGUCCACGCCCGCUCGCCGCGCCCGUUCUACUGCCCCGCCGUCGACGGCGCCGGGUACCUCCUGACGCAGCAGGUGAUGGACAGCAUGGACCAGUACAUGGCCGCCGCGGCCGACACCGUCGUCACCAAGGCCAAGAGCAUCUGCACCGCGUUCCCCGGCGUGAGGGUGGAGACGUGCGUGGAGAAGGGCGACCCGCGCGACGUGAUCUGCGGCGCGGCGGAGAAGGCCAGCGCCGACAUGGUGGUGAUGGGCAGCCACGGCUACGGCUUCCUGCAGAGGGCGCUGCGGGGGAGCGUCAGCAACCACUGCGUGCAGAACUGCAAGUGCCCCGUCGUCGUCGUCAAGAGGCCCGGCGGCGAGCGCCGCCCGGCGCCGCCGCGGAUCUAGGCUCUUGAUGAGGCCGUAUAUAAUAUAAUAACCGUAAGUGAAUAGGAGCCCGACUCGCCUCGGCUAAACGUGACGGUGGCCGCCCGUGUACAUAUCUCGCUUGUUCGGGGCCUGUAUCUCCCCCUGAGUAUAUAAUGUUUUCGGUUCACACAAAAUAUUGUAACGUGUCAUGUACAUUCUAUAUAGUCGUUUCGAAUAUGUAAGAUGAGAAGAGGCAUAUUCGUUGUUCUGUCCGACACCUUAAUAUA